AUGAACGGUUCAGAAAACCAAGAAGAAUCGUACUCAAUGUACCCAAAGACAUCAUCCCCACCUCCAAUGCCUCAUGUCAAUAUGCAAUUUCCAAUCUACCAGAACCCGGUUCCGAUGUACAAUUAUCAAACUCCAUAUAUGUAUGCUCAACCAAACUAUAACUACAAGAUGAUGAACCCUAAUCAACCUCAUACUCAAAUGGGAUAUCAGGCUAAUAUUCCUCAAGGAAAUAUGGGUUCCAAGAAGAAAUGGAAUAAUAGCAAUAAUAAUAACAAUGGUAAUGGUGCAGGUGCCGGGACCGGCAUUACUGGUACCAUGAAUCCUGCCAAAUCUCAACCAUAUUAUCCUAAUCAAAGUCAAAGUUUCUAUGGACAAUCUUCAGUCAAUAGCAAUCAAACUAGAAACAGUAGAUCCAGUUCUGUUAAUCACGAUCCCUUUAAAUUCGAUGUUUCAAAAUUGGACGUUGCAAAGAUUUCAGAAACAUGUAAGAAAUUUCCACUGUAUAUCAAUACUACAGCUUCAGAAUUUAAUGAAGCAAAAAAUAAAAACUUCUCUGUGAAGGUCGCUGAUGUCAAUGACUCCAAAGAAACCACUACAUUUGCUAAGUCAAGUGAAUCUGCCUCUACAAUAGAAACUGUUGAAAAAAUACCAGAUACCCAAUCAGAAUCAAUAAAACCAAUCGAAGAACCUUCUGAGAUUAAGAGUGAACCUGUUCCAACUAUACCCCAAGAAAAUAAGAAGAAAGUCAAAGAAUCUGAUGGUAAAAAAAAAGAAAAAGAAAACUGUCAUAAGAAGGAAGAUGAAUCCAAGAAAAUUGUAAGCACCACUUCAACAACAAGCAUCAACUCUGUAGCUAGUGAUGACACUACUGUCGCAUCAUCUCCAAUAGCUACUACAAACUCAGCUCCAACUUUAACCCCUGCAGUCGAGACUCCAGCUCCUAAAUCUUGGUCGGCUAUUGCCUCGUCUGCCGGCGCAAAAGUAAAAUCAGCUAGCAAUAGUAAAAAUGCUUCUCCACAUACUCAUUCUAGGACUACUUCAAUAGUCUCAUCUUCAUCUACCAGACCAAAAAAGGACAAGAAAUAUAUCCCACCAACGACAAAAGGUGCUGAACCAAUUGGAUCCAUUGCUCUAAGAGCUUGUUUCGAUCCUGAUUAUGUUAGCUACGCCCUGAAGAAGCAUGGCCCAACAGGUGAAAAUGAUUUACCUCUUAAGACGAUUAUACCAAGAGGUAUUAUCAACACAGCAAAUAUCUGUUUCAUGAGUUCAGUGCUUCAAGUAUUACUAUAUUGUAAACCGUUUAUUGACAUAUUAAAUGUUUUAAGCACAAGAAACCCUAACUCUAGAGUUAGCUCAUGUUCUACAAAACUAUGGGAUGCAUGCAUCAACCUGUUUACAGCAUUUGAUAAAGAAUCAUUUGAGAAGGACAAAGAACCUGUUGCGCAAAGUCAAAGCAAUUCUAAGAAAAACAGCAGAGAGGGGACACCACGUUCUCAAUCAGACAAGGCAGACUUUGCUUCGAUAUCUGAUGCUAUUAAACCAGAUGAAUUCUACAAGAGUCUGUCUACCAUCCCAAAAUUCAGAGAUUUACGUUGGGGUCACCAAGAGGAUGCUGAAGAAUUUUUAACACAAAUGUUGGAUCAAUUACACGAAGAGUUAAUAACAGCUAUUAACAAUUUGACAGAAAAUGAAAUUCAAAAUAUUUUACAAAGUAUUAACGACGAAGAAUUGAAGAUAUAUAUCAUUAGAAACCUUGGUCGUUAUAAAAAUGCUCAAUUCCUGAAGAGUGCAACUGGUCAACUUCCAGCUCUUAUAGAGAGAUAUGGUGAAUCUGAUGAUAAUGAUGACGAGAAUGGUUGGCACGAAGUUAGUGGUACUAGCAAAAAGGGGAAGAAGAACAAGACUGCGGCUAAGAGAACAGUCGAGAUCACACCUUCCCCUAUCUCCAAUCUAUUUGGUGGUCAAUUCCGUUCUGUUUUAGAUAUUCCAAAUAAUAAAGAGUCUCAAUCUAUAACACUUGACCCCUUCCAAACUAUCCAAUUAGAUAUUUCUGAUCCUGAAGUCAAUGACUUACAAACUGCAUUCAGGAAGUUCAGUGAGUAUGAAAUGAUUCCUUUCAGAUCAUCCAAUGGUAGUGAUGUGGAAGCUAAGAAACAAACAUUUAUUGAUAAACUACCAGAAGUAUUAUUAAUCCAAUUAAAGAGGUUUUCAUUUAUAAAUAAUACCGAAAAAGAUAAUUCCAUGACUAAUUACAACGCUUAUAGUGGGCGUAUUGAAAAAAUCCGUAAGAAGAUUGCUUACCAACAUGAAUUAAUUAUCCCAGCUGAUUCUGUUUCCUCACCAACCUUAAAGCAACAUGAAGAAAAUAGACAAUAUGGAUUAUCUGGUGUUAUUUACCAUCACGGUAUGAGCUCUGAUGGUGGGCAUUACACCGCCGAUGUUUACCAUAAGAGCAACAAUAAAUGGUAUAGAAUUGAUGAUGUAGGUAUUACCGAAUUGAAGAAAGAAGAUGUUUUAACUGUUGGUGACAAUGGUUCCGAUCCAAGAACUGCAUAUAUUCUGAUGUACCAAAAGCUAUAA